AUGCCUGACAAAGCUGGUUGGCGGAGGAAGAAUAAGGCUCGGCCCAAGGAGUUGAAUCUGAAUGUCGAUACUGCGCGUCCAUCCGUCGAGAGCGGUCGCCCAUCUUCAAACUGGUUGAGGAAUAGCCGUCCAGGCACGCCAUUGAGCGCAACCGCCACUGAUGACGCCCGCAGCGAGAAAUCCGUAGAAACCCUCACUCCCCGGCGCGCAACGAGGCCGAAGAUCUCUCACUAUCUCUCCGGUAUUCCACAUUUAAAAGAUGAUAUCGACCCCGACUUUGCAGACGAAUGGUGGAACGAAAUUGAGCCGCUGCCGGUGGAGCCUCCGGUCGACCCCCAGACUGCGAUGCAGUUAGUAUCAAAAUUCAUGCACCAACAGCCACUACAGCCGAUUCCUGUCAGCAUGUACAGCAAUAUCUUUCGCAUCUUCGAGGAUUACCGAAAGGUCAAAGAGGAGACCGGUGAAAGCAGCCACAGAUUGCACGAAGCCUUGCAAGCCCACGAGGAAGCGGAAAGUGCUUGGGUUAAGACUGAAUCUCAGUACCAGGCUGAAAUCAAACGGCUUGAGCUCCUUAUUGCGCGUGGGACCGCUGGAUUGACUGGACUCGUACAUGCAAGACAAGGGAGUGUCGUGAAGAAAAAGCGUGGAAACCUCCAUAAAUUCUUCAAAAAAUCAAUUGCAGCAUUGUCUUUGGAAUUACCGCCAGCCCAAUUGGAUGCAGAGAUAAGAUCCAGAAGCAAGAAAGUACUUCUACAGCGGCCAGUUUCGCCUUCACGUCAAAUGGCUGUCUUAUCGAAACAGCUUACCAUGUCUGGAUACGCGGAUGAUCUCCAUAUUGGCACUCCACCCUCAAAAAGAACUGAUGUGAGCUUAUCGCGGAGGGUCAAGAGCGAAUUGGACUUGAUUAAGAUGAGCGGUGCCGUGUCAGAAAGCGCCGCCCUGGAAAACGUCGGAAAUACGAUACAUUUCGAUACUGCAAGCUCAUCAUCAUCAUCAUCAGGAGAUUCCGAAUUUGAGAUAGCUGGCGACCUGUUGCCAGAUGAGAUGGAAACGGAAGUUGGGCCAAGCUUCUCUCUUUUGAACUCUACGAUUGACAAAGAAGCUUUUGUUGCUCUCCAAGAACUCGGGGUUCUUGUAGCAAACAAGCAAGGUCUUGAUCCGCGAGUUUUCAUCAAUGGGUUGAUGCAACUAUUGGAACCAGAUCAGCCCCAAUUCAAUGUUAUAGAUGAUAUCAACCCGACAUAUAUCGAUACGAUGGAGCACGACAUGAACAAAAGUAGCACGCAAGAUUCCUCGAUCUCAAACUCCCAACUAGAAGAUGCUCGCUCUCGCCCACGGCUAGAUUCUGAUGAGAGAUGCCGCCGUGGUCGUCAUUUCUCUUUUGAGCCCGGCGAUGAUACGACGUAUCCUAUGACGAGGAUGCAACCACCACGAGACGGCUCUCAGAAGCCCCAGCUUUCUAACAGAUCGGUUUUGUCAGCGGCUGUGUCGGAUCCCAGGAGAGUAUCUAAGAUACCUAGUCCCAUACACCGCCCUGGUCUGUCGAACGUACGACGUGAAGGUUCACUGUCGAGUUUCCACUCGGGCAGUAAUAAGAUAAACGAUGACGAACGCCGUGACUCUAGGUCAUCUGUACUGACAGCAUUUCGAGACCAAUCUGGUGACGACCAGAAUCUCCAGCUGAGUAGCUCGGAUGAGACUCUAUCUGUGACUGGUAGGACGAAAGAGAACUAA